UUUAGUAAUAUCCAAUUCAUCUAGCUUCCUUAAGCUUAAGAUGUGUAUAUGUGAAACAUAAUUAUAUACAUAUAAUGAAUACAUUAAAUAAAUGGCCUUAUUGAACUUUUCGCAUUAAAAAGAUAAAAAUAUUUAUUAUGAAAUUAUUUUUAAGAUGAAUAAUCAUAAAUAUAGAAUAAAAAAAUGAAUAAUAAUUUCAACGCAGCUGUAUUUUUGAAAAUAACUUCAUUAUCAGCUUUUACAAUCGGAUGUGAUCUAGGAAAUGACAGACAAAGAUAAACAAACAAAAUUAAGGGUAACAACGAGGAACACACUUUUGUUGCUCAAGGUCCGGAAAACAUUUACGGCUGAGAAAUUAUCGAGGAAGUACUUAGGCUCAAAGAAUGCAUAAACCGUGAAAAAAAGAAAAAGAAAAAGAAAAGAAAAGAAGUCGAAUGACGAAUUUACAGGUGAUUCACAGAACAGUCGUUCUGUGAAUCUCGCUUAAGAAAGUUCUUAGUUUCGUCAACGGCAUGUGAAUCUUUUCUACGUUUGCGUCAGAGUACUUUUCAAAUUUUGCGAAGAUUAAGAUGACGUUCAAAGCAUUGAUGAAUUUUGGUUCCUUUGAAAAAACUCCGUACACGCCCGUCGAUCGUUAUCAUAGCGGAUGGGGUUCUUAUCACCAUAGCUCAAACGGUGGUUAUAAAGGACAUAAAGGUGGUGGCAAUGGAGCUGCUUUGAGCGCUUUAACUUUACUUGCCUUUCUCUUCCUUAUAAACGUUAUGCAACAAUCUCUUCAAGACAAUAAUUCUACUGUAACAACAACCACAACAACGUUGUUUUUACGCGACGAUGAACAACCAAUUGUAUUGGACGCGAGAGAAAAGGAAGAUGUUAAUAAGAAGAAGGAUUCGAACGGUUCACCUCCAAGAUCUCAUGAUAUAAGUUACGUCAGAUUGUAAUCCUUCGAAAGUAUUUUUGCAGGAUUAAAAAGGACAUUGUUUCAAGGCAAUAAUGUUGUAUAGAUAAAAUUUUACUGUUGUGCAUCAUGUAACAGAAUAUGUGCUUAAAUAUUUUCUUCCGUUUUUAUUUAUUUCAUCUUUUUCUUUUCUUUCUAUCAGCGACCUUUUCCUCUUUUACAGUUAGAUUCGCAAACUUGCGCAAAAUAUUUAUCGUAAUUUCUAUAACGAUGGGAAUAACGAUGGAAUCUUAGGAAAUUAUUCUAUUUAUAAUUGUAGAGAGACUUUUAGUGUCGAUUACUCUUGAUUCGACAUAAUCUUCGAGAGUUUAAUAGUAAUAGUAAUAAUAGUAGUAAUAAUAGUAGUUGAAAUGAUUUAACCAUACGUCAAAACACAUAAAUAUUUUAUUUUUGUUUUCUUUUCUUUUUUCUUAUUCGAACAUGAGCAUUCGUCGAAUAUGUCUUGUAAUGUAAUUAGCGUUUCGAAAAUGUACUUCCGUUUUAUGUACAUAAUAUUAGAAACAUUGAGAUAUUCUUUUACCUCUUGAUAAUCUAGUGCCUUAAAAAUAAACAUGAACGUAUUCGCGUAUUGCUAAAGGAUCGUUACUGACAGGUCCGAGGAACUGUAUAACAUCAUAUCAUCGAGAAAUCACGUUUUUUGUUCCCUACUUUCGAUUACACCGAUAAGAAAAAGGAUGGAAACGAAUUUUCCUCGAAUGUGCGCCCAUAAACUCGCUCGAGCACUUGUCACGAUCCCGAAAAAUCUUUUAUUUUUUUUUUUUUGUUUUUUUUUUUGUUUUUUUUUCUUUACUUCUUUUUUUCUUUUUAUUUAAAAAUUAUCAUGAGCCUAGUAGGUCUUCUUGAGCCUUUCGAAAUAUGGCAGAGUAUCACGCGUUUUUAUUUGUUUUAAUUUUUUAAAUCGAUCGACGACAUAUGUACGUAAGUACGUAUGUAUAUAUAUAGUACGUAUAAACGAAUAAUUUCGUUGAGUAAAAUGAUUGUAUUCAUGUUUAUACGUGUAUGUUUAUGAAAUAUGAAACGAGCCGAAGAAGCAUAAAUUUGAAUAUUUUGCGUCGUACUUCAUUUCGCCCGUCGAUGAGAUCGUUUUCGUUUAUUUAAUAAACAUACUUUCGUUAAUGUCGUUGGAAUGGAGAUACGAGAAGAAUAUAUUUUAAAUAGAGAAUACACAACCAACGAAACAAAUUUAAGUUUAACAUUUAACAAAUUGCCUCCUGACUAUUUCUAAGAAAUAUGCUUGGGAAUACUUUACAUAUGGAAGGGACGAAGUAUGAUAAAUAGAAAAAACAUAUUGCCGUAUAAACCAUCGGUAUUUUCGUUUUGAAUAUCAUUCGAAAAACUAUAAUUACAUAACUAUAAAUAUGUUUAGUUUCAUAUACGUACAUACAUACACAUAUGUAUGUGUACGUAGAAAGACCUAUAUAGAAAAACGACGUCUAAUCAUGCUUGUAUAUACGAUAUUCAGAUAUCCGUCGGUCCUCUAUAUUUUUUUUUCACUUGUAUACAUCAAAUACUCUUGUAUACAAGAGUCGGUUCGAAGCAUUAUUUUUAAGUUCACUCGACGUUCGAAAUUCACAUUACAAAAAAAAAAGAAAGAAUAAACGUCGAGAUCGUCCGAAUACUUUCAAAAUAACUGUAUCAUGUUUGCGAGAUUAAUCUUCGGGAGAAUAUUGUGAUCGUUUAGUUUCUCCGAAGUUAAAUUGAAGGAAGAGGAGAGUGAAAGAAAAAUCGAGAUAGAAGAGAAAAAUUUUGAACACACGCGCGGGUAGACUCGAAGAGCUCAAGGUCACCUCAGCUUUCUUACAAGUAUUUUUUUUAAUAUAGAUACUCUGAAAAUCGUCUUCGUUAUAAAACGAACGUUAGUAACCAAGAGA